AUGGCUCCCAAAACCAGAACUACCAAGUCUAAAGGGGGUGUUCCUGCUAACGAAGCCGCGCCCAAGGUGUCAAAGGAACCUCCAACUUCAAAGACCACCAAUCGUCCCGAUGAGUGGAAGAUUGAGCAGGGCCUGUCGGGGGCAGUACUUCCUGUCCUCGACAUGACUGGCCCCGAGACCAAGAUGUUGCCUCCCCAGCUGUUUGGGCCGCUCACCAAGGAUACCAAGGCCCUCGAGAAGAUUGGCGAUCGUGAUCAGCUCUUCAAGAGGGAGCGCAAGGGCUGGAAAGGAUUCGUCGAAUGGGAGUCGCAUGCCGAUAAAAAGGCCAUUGCGCACAAAAUUCUCACCCUCCAGACAUUUCCCCCCAAUCCCGAAUUCCAGCUUGGACCCAUUCCGGGCACGAACCCGGUCCUUCCAGGAACUCACUGGAAGCAAUGGCAUCAUGCUGUCGGUGGAGAGCUCACCGAGAUUCCAGAUGAUUCAUGGAAGCUUGUUCUGGAGGAAAAACACCCCGACAUGCUCCAUCUGCUGCAGUUCCCGUACAAUGGUGAGCCACCUAAGCGUCUGGUAACUGACAAGGAAAUCACACCAAACUCGCUGCAUUUUGUGCGCAACCAUGGCGGGAUCCCAAUCAUCGAUAAGGAUGACUACAGCUUCCUUGUGGAUGGAGUAGUCAAACCCACCAGUUUCACGGUCGAUGAGCUCCAGGAUGAAUCCAAAUUUCCUCGUAUGGAGAAGACCAUUACCAUGCAAUGCUCUGGUACUCGUCGUAUUGAGCAGAUUAUGAAGUAUGCCGGCCAGGGAGAUGAAGUUCCACAAGCACCUUGGGCAGAAGGCGCAAUUGGCACUGCCAAGUACGUCGGCGUCAGCUUGAAGAAGGUCAUCAAGGCCUGCGGGGGGCUGGCGGAUGGCAACAAGCACCUCGAGUUCUAUGGCGCAGACACCUAUUUCAAGGAUGACAAGGCCAUGAACUACGUUGUCAGUGUUCCGUGGAGCAAGGUCAGGGCCAAUGAAGUGAUGCUUGCCUGGGAGAUGAACGACAAAGAACUGCCACGAAUCCAUGGAUAUCCCCUGCGAAUUAUGGUCUUUGGAUACAUUGGAGCAAGAUCAGUCAAGUGGCUCUAUUUGAUCAAAGGGAUCAAACGGCCCUCGAUAGCUCCAGUGCAGUCCGCUGAGUACUUGUACUUCCCGCAGCAGGUUGGUAAGCACAACUUCAAGAUGACUGACGGUAUCCAAAUCCAAGAGAUGCCUGUGUCCUCUGCCAUCAUGUCACCAUGGUCAAAGCAGGUGGUGAUCCACAAUGGUAAGAUCCGCUGCAAGGGCUGGGCCUACUCGGGCGGCGGUCGAUGGCCUGAGCGAGUUGAGCUCUCCUCCGAUGGCGGAUUCGACUGGUAUACUAUCCCACUUGAGAAUCUUUCGAAGAAACGCAAGUGGACUUGGAGAACUUGGGAGUAUGAUCUUCCAUGUGAUGUGGAAGGAUGGGUUGAGAUUGUCGUCCGCUGCUGGGACAACUCCCUCAACACCCAGCCAACCCAGAUUCGAGAUGCCUGGAAUUGGGGAUUGCAUGUGACAAGUUCCUGCCACCGCGUCGCGGUUUAUUCAGUUAACAAGAGCCGACCACGAACAAAGGCUCGCCUCGAUGAGUUUGAGAAGAAAGGAAUUCCCUUUGGGCCUAUCACUGUGCCUCUGGCAAUUCCUUCUCAGACACAGGCAGAUUACGAAAAGUUUUGGGCUGAGCAUGACCCGCGUGAUGCGGAAGACGACUAG